AUCACUUCCCUUUGAUCUGCAUCUCCCUGUUCCUCUUUCUUCUCUGCUGUGGAUACAUUCUAGCCUGUGGCAGGGCAUCCUUCCUUCUCUUCCUUGUGUUGCCUGCCUGCCUGUCCUGGCCCAGCGAGGGUUAAAGGCAGGGAGCUGCAGCUUCCUAGAGGCUCUCCUUCCUUCCCAUUUCCCUUGCCCGCCUCCCUUCAGACACACUCACUCCAGGCUGGGAUUGACUGGAGCUUUCCCCCCAUUGCAACCCCAUCAGGGUGCAAUAGUUCCCACAUCACAAUACCCCGCUUGCUUGGUGGGAGUCCUCCCAAAGCCUCCGUCCAAGUCCAAGCCUCCAUCCAAGAAAGGCGGUGUCUGAAGUCGCCUUAGAGACUGGGUCAGAAAUGGAAGGCUUGCACACAGCUGACUUGGAUGUGAUCAAGAUUGAGAUCGGUGAUGAAAUCUGGGAUAAGAUGGCACCGCAGAGCCAGAGCGAGGACAGCCUGGGCUCCGAUGCCUGCUGUCGGCGCUUCCGGCACUUCCGGUAUCAUGAUGCCAAGGGACCCCGAGAGGUUUGCAGCCAGCUCCACACUCUCUGCCGACUGUGGCUGAAACCGGAUCAACACACCAAGACGCAGAUCCUGGACCUGGUGAUCCUGGAGCAGUUCCUGACCAUCCUUCCCCUGGAGAUGGAGUGCUGGGUGAGGGAAUGUGGGCCGGAGACCAGUUCCCAGGCCGUGGCCUUGGCUGAAGGCUUCCUCCUGAGCCAGACGGAGGAGAAGAAGCAGAAAAAGCAGCAGAUGCUGUUUGGAGGGGUGCCCAAUGAGUUUCCCGAGAUCAAGUUCCUGCGUUCCCCAUUUGACAUCAACUGUCGGCUGUCACCCUGCUGGAGCCUGAAGCAGGAUAUGGAAAGGUUCGCCUCACUAGGUGGGGAGAUGACGUCCGUGGCCCAUUCACUUCACGAUGGAGUUGAAACGGCUUUCAUGCAACUCAAUCAGGGUCUGUUAACCUUUGAGGACGUGGCUGUGUAUUUUGAUGAGGAGGAUUUGGUGCUGUUGGAUCCGGACCAAAGGACCCUCCAUCGAGCAGUCAUGGAGGAGAACUUCUGGAAUGUGGUCUCUCUGGGCACCGAAAUCCUGAGGACCACAAAAGAGAUGGAAAAUGAGUCAGAAAUCCACGGGAUGGUGUUGGAAAGAGCCCGAUGCAGAGGGACCAAAGAGCGGAAGAGGAAAACGGAAGUAAAGCAGAAGCGAAGGAAGAAACCUGUGCUUUGUCCGGAGGGCGGCUACCAGGAGAUCUCAAUCCAUGACCGAAUGGACAAAGGAAAGAAAAGGUACAAGUGCCCGCUGUGCGCAAAGGGCUUCAGCUCCAAAUCCACGCUGAAUCUCCACUGGAGGAUCCACACCGGGGAGAAGCUCUUCCAGUGCUUGGAGUGUGGAAAGAGCUUCAGCUGCAACUCCAGCCUGAAGACCCACAAGCGAACCCACACCGGGGAGAAGCCUUUCAAGUGUCCUCUGUGUGGGAAGGACUUCAGCCAGAGCAUCAACCUCACUUGCCACCUGAGGAUCCACACGGGAGAGAAACCCUUCAAGUGCUUCGAGUGCGGGAAGCGCUUCAAUAAGAAGGGGGACCUCAGCAGGCAUCAGAGGAUCCACACCGGAGAGAAGCCCUACUCCUGCUUGGACUGCGGCAUGAGUUUCCGCCACAAGGAGAGCCUCAAGAACCACCAGAGGCUCCACACGGGGGAGCAACCCUACAAAUGCUUGGAGUGCGGGAAGAACUACUCUAGCGCCACGAGCUUAACAAAGCACCAAAGGAUCCACACUGGAGAAAAGCCGUACAGAUGCUCAGAGUGCGGAAAGAGCUUCCAGGCAAACGGGGACCUCACGAGACACCAGAGAGUCCAUGUUGGGGAGAAGCCCUAUAGAUGCCUGGAGUGUGGCAAGACCUGCAGUCAAAGUGAAGUCUAACCUUUCCAUUGGAGUAUCUGCACCAGGGGUGUCAAACCUGUUGCACAGCAGUGAAUUUUAGCCAACGUCACAUUCAAAAGACACACAGGCAAGAGGAAAAAAUGAACAGAAAAACUCUUAUUAGCAGAGGCAAAACAUAAACUGGCAGUGUUGCAUACAAAAUAAACUGUACAACAAUCGUCCUUGUAAGUAACACAAAAUAAGGCUUCUUCAUCUUCAAUCAAAUGAGAGAGCAAAACAUAAACCUUGAGAAAAUAGCUAUUCCACCAUAGCCUCCUUCAGAGCAAUGUAUUACUUCUCCAAACUGCUCCCAAAGCUCUCCAAACUGUAUUCUAAAAACCAUACAGUUAUACCCCACCAGGUGUGGCCCAAACAUGCUGGCUGACCUACAUUACCAGCUGCACGUAAUAAUUAACAUUGUAAGUCUUUUCUUUAACACACACACUUGAUCCUGCUGCAACUUACUGUAACAAAACCCAUUUCUAGUGAGGCCACAUCUGCAUCGUGGUUGCCUUCAAAGGGCCACUGACUCCAUUGACGGAGAAUCCGUGGAUACAAGAGGGCCAACUAUAAUAUUUUUACAUAGUGGUCACUGCUCUGCAAAACAUAAACCUUGAGUAAAUAGCUAUUCCACCAUAGCCCUCCUUCAGAGCAGCGUAUUACUUCUCCAAACUGCUCCCAACGCUCUCCAAACUGUAUUCUAAAAACCAUACAGUUAUACCCCACCGGGUGUAGCCCAAAACAUGCUGGGUGACCUACAUUACCAGCUGCACGUAAUAAUUAACAUCAUAAGGUUUUUCUUUAACACACACACUUGAUCCUGCUGCGACUUAUUGAAACGAAACCCAUUUCUAGUGAGGCUACAUCUGCAUCGUGGUUGCCUUCAAAGGGCCACUGACUCCAUUGAAGGAGAAUCCAUGGAAACAGAGGGCCAACUAUAAUAUUUUUACAUAGAGGUCACUGCUUUUAAGUUCUUACCCAAUUUGGUUACCCAGAUCUUGUUGAUUGAUAGCUCCCAUCGCUUUUAAUUCUCCGCCAUGCAGGCUGGGAAUGGUAGGAAGUGCAAUCCAACAGCACUUGUGGAUCUGAGGUUGGGGAAUGGUUGAAGGACAUUUUGAAGUCCAACAUCACAUCCAUAAGUGUAGUAUCUAAAUUCAGACCACACUCUCCUGACUCAACAGACCAAACAGCAGUCUUCUAUUUUCCAUCAGGUCUAGUCAUGAUAUCCAAUGAUAAGGAAUACAGGAAAUAUAGCCCAGGAUCUGAAGGGCCACAUCAAAUGACAUGAUGGGCCGAAUUUGGCCUGCAGAAUGUGAUCUAGGUAAAGGUAAAGGUUUUCCCCUGACAUUAAGUCCAGUCGUGUCCGACUCUGGGGGUUGGUGCUUUCAAAGACUAUUUUUUUCCAGCCCUGGGCUGUACAGAAUCUUGAAGAGUACGAAUCACAAUUUUUGGAUAUUAAGGCAACAAUUGAUAUUGCAACAGCUUCCGCUGGUGGUGAAUGUGUGUCUCAAACCAACGCCUUUUGUACGCUAUGCAGCACUUACAGUUGUGUUAUUUAUUAUUAAAGUAUUGCAUCUUCCA